UAUAGUGCUGUGAUUUUAAGAAUUACUAAUCGUUUUACAAUAUUUCUGCACGGAAUAACGUAAAGUGUAAACGUGUCUCGUGAAGUUACACCACUUUCUGUACUUUUUAACCGAUACUAAUAGCUGUAGGAUUUUUUAAAAUACAGACAAUUAGGGACACUAUACGAGAUGUUUCACGGUCUACCCGCAACUUAUUUUAGUAUAAUUCAGAAUGUGUAUUAGUAUUAUUUAGUACUGGCACCUUGUAGUUUUAAAUUUAGUAGAUCAUCAUUUUUUAAAACGGCCACACUGGUUACUAUACUAUCGUUUAUCAAUUUACGAUAAGCAUUUUAAUUUUUAGCAUUAUGCAUGAAGCAAUUGGUUUAUCACGUUGAAUUGACUAAGAACUAACUAUAAAGAAAAUGUCUGAUAGUCUUGAAUACUACCAAAACCAAAUUGUCUCGACUAAAACAGAACUAAAAAAUCUAAGGCGAAUGCUGGCGGCACUUAAACAUGAGCACAGUAAAAAAAUAAAAACAGUCAAAACUAUGUUGAGUGGAUGUGCCAACUGUAUAGUAACAGUAGCAACAUCCAUUUCUAAUCAACAAAGCCAAGAUACACCGUCACCAUCAGAAGACAUCUCAUAUUCUCCAAUAGGAUAUAUAGAAACAACCUUUGGGAAUAAACAAGCAGUACCUCGACAGCCCUCAGUUUUAUCAUAUGCUAAAGGUGUUGUUGUUAUAAAUACAGACACAUUUAAUAACAAUGAAAUGAGUGGCUUAGAGAAGUUUACCUAUAUGUGGAUAAUAUUCCACUCCCAUUCUACUGCAGGUACGAGUCUGUCACCUAAAAUUUCGCCCCUAGGUCUUGGUGGUGAGAAAAAGGGGGUAUUUUCAACUAGAUCCCUACAUAGGCCUUGCCCUAUAGGUCUAUCAUUGGUCAAGAUACAUAGUAUUGAAGGAAACAAAAUUAUUUUCCAUGGUGUGGACAUGAUUAAUGGCACACCAGUUCUUGAUAUAAAACCAUUUGUUCCACAUUAUGAUUAUCCAAUACAUUCAGUUUCAUAUAUUUCCAUUGGUAGACGUACCACACCAUUCAAUAGUGCGAGACGCAAGCCCAGUGUCACAAACCCCGUAGGUGUUGGUACAAAUUCUCUUAAUUCACUCACUCAUGGCAUAUCAACUGCUGGUUCACCUUUAAGCCCAAAUCAAAUUGAUCAAUCUCCUGUACAUAGGGGAAAUCCAGAUGGCCAAGAAUGUUUAUUUCCUCCUCAAAGAAUCAAGCACCCUGGUGAUGGUAUCAGAGUACCAAAUUGGAUAAUAAAUACUCCAUCACAAACAUAUAAUGUCAGAUUCACAGAUGAAGCGUUACUAAGCCUUAAUACAUUGACUGGAUAUAGGGCAGUGAGUUUUAAGACUACUAUUGAAAUGUUACUUUCAGAUGAUCCAAGGUCAUUGAAUGUAAAAACUAAAUACCCUGACCAUGAAUACAGCUGUGUACUAGAAGAUUUGUCUAUAAGUUGUGUGUUUGAUUCUAAUACAUCUGUGUGUACUAUAGUAUCAGUAAGAAAUGCUGAAAUUAUACAUUGACCAUUUAAGUAAACUAGUGUUUUAUAAAUAAAUUGAUUUUUCAUA